GCAAUCAUCUGAAUAGAUAUAUGUAAUCUUUUCCGUAUGUCAGAUGAGGGUGUUUGAAUUUAGCAUUCAUUGCCUCUACUUUAAAUGUUUCUUGUGUAAAAAAACUUAAUACCUGACUUUUUUUCAGUUCCCUGACAGAUAACAUCUAUUUUUAAUGUAUUUCAACAUUCGAUUCUUUCGAGGAAAAAACUUUUAACACAAUUUUAUUGUCUUGCAAAGAAAAUGUCUUUUUCGGAAAUUUGGAAACAGUUAACCCUUCUCGUGCAGCUUACUUUACCGAACUGCAUCUGUUAGUGGCGGCUCCCUUUUCCUUCACCUGUCCAAUUUAGUUAAUGAUGUCUCGAUUAAUGUUCACAGUAAGUAUCGGCCCACCUAUAUUGUAACACACCUAUUAUUAAAUGGUCACCCAUGUAUGAUAACAUACCCAAGAUUUGUGACAUCUCACACCAACCACCACCCAUCUCACACCCAUCUCACAUAGACCACCACCCCACCAACAAGCACCCUUCCUGUAUUUCUCACUGCGACAUUGAUUUGAGAUUAACAACAUUUAACUUCUAUUAAUAUUAGUUCCAGGAAGUAGCUGUUCUUCCAUGUCACCUUUGUCACCUACUUCGCCAUCAUCGAGUGAUUCGUCCAUGAAGUUUUCACCGAAAAGUCCGAAACCCAUCAUGUAUUCAAAUCGAGACCCCAAUUGGCCGGUUAAGAUGGAACUUCCCUGGGAUGAUCUGAACUGUUUAACCAAGGAGGCCCUUGUACAGGGUAAACGCUUAACACCAGAUGCCAAGAAGGAGGUUGUACAUAAGGUUGUGGAUGUUGUAAGACGAAACACACAUCAUGCCCUCCGACCUCAGUUUUCGAUCAUUGCACAAAGGAUGGUAGCUAAGUAUACACAAAGUCUUCAAGACAAAAUUGAUGACAGUGUGGUGGGCUCUGGGUAUGACACUUUGUUAAACAAAUUAGUGACCAGGAACCAAAAUCUGAAUCGCGGAUCCUCAAAAUUCUGCAUGUCAGGAAAGAAACGGCCUAUGCAGAAUACAGAAACUGAAUCUGGUAGUGACGAUUCCAGAAAUGAAGUCAAAACAAGGAGGGAUUCCUAUGGUUGUGUUAAAUGGAUGCCAGAGUUGAAAGGUGAUAAAGUGAAGGUCAUGGAGGAAAUCAGGGAUGCCCUGAUUGAGAUGAAUCAGUGUAAUUCUGACAAAAAAGAUGUGAACAAGAUAGAAGAGAACAUGUUGUCAUGUUAUGCUCUGCAGAGAAGGGACAUCAAUAGUGGAAUGUCAGUGGUGGAUCUCAAAUUAUCAUGGCCAUUUCUGUUCAGUAUUCAAGGAGUUCUGUGUCACUCCCAGGAAUUACUUGGUUUUAAUGUGCGAUCCGCUCUGGGAAAUGCAUACGCCAAGAAAGGACCUCGACUAAACAAUUUCUUCAGGAAAUCAUCUGAUGGAAAUGAAUUCAUCUUUGAUGAAGCACGACGACAGAGUAGUCAAGAUAACCUGAAGGCUUGGUUGUCGGCAGUGGUACUGUGCAUAAUGGGACACCUUGGAGAAAAGGAUGAAGAGCUUUUCUAUGUUGUAGAUGAAACAUCAACUGCUGCAGAAGUCCAGGCUUCCAGUUAAACAGAUUCACCUGUGUUGGUGGUUUUGGGUGACUCUGUAUUAGCUGGGAAGAGCUACAUGGUAAUGUGUGACCGCCAAAUCCUCAUCCCAAGAUGUCACAGUUUCAUGGAUUCGUUCUCAGCCCUCUUUGCAUCAUACUACAUCUUCAACCUGCAAUACCAGACCGGGGCUGCAGCUACACUUGAGUUCAUUCAAAGGUAAAUUUCUAUGAUAUUUAAAUGUGUGAUAUGUUAAGAAAAUUUUCCAUGAAGUAUUUUUCUAAACACAAAUGGGACAUUUAAAACCAAGGAAGAUUGGUUGCAGAAACACUCAACAAUUCUAGCAUCGGUUCUGCAGUUUAUCUAUUUUCUGAGGUAAUUCGGUAAAAUGAAAAUUAUUUGUAGCAUGCAAAUGAGAUUCCAUUUAUAUUUUGUAUUUUGGGGGAUAGACUACUGUUUGGUUGCUUUUUAGCCCACCUGGACCAAAGGUCAUGGCAGCCAUAUUGAAAAUGCUGAAAAGGUCGUCUUCAAAACUACUGGGCCGAUGAAGCUGAAGCUUGGUGCUUCAUUGGUAUCAAUCCUGAUAGGGGAUCCAAAGGCAAUAAAGGGAAAAAGAAGAAAACUCAGAUGGGUGCCAAAGUAUUGAAGCUGAUCAGCAGCC